AAAAGUCGGGGAGAGGUGAGCUGAACUCUUUAUGGCCUCAUCAUCCUGGGGUGAAGAAUGGAUGUGGGAGGUAGAGAAAAGGAGUUUGGGAGUGACUUCUUUUGGGAGUAAUUUAGAGAAUCAGAGAGCGAUUUUCAGUCAGCAAAAGGUGAUUGCCUAUACUAAGAAUAAUAUUCUGCAGUGAAGGAUCAUGAUUCAUGACACCUUAAGUAAAGGAAAGGCUUGUAAAAAAGUGGAGAAAAAAACCCGAUCAAUUCUCUGAUUGUUCAGAAAUUCAGCAAUAGUGAUAAAGGAAGUUAAGGAUUAAAUAUGGCACAUAAUAAGUGCUUAAAUGUAGCCUGGGGAGCCGAAGUGUCACAGGGGAUAGAGCACCUGCUCUGGUGUCAGGAGGCCCUGAGUCUGGUCUCAGUUAGUAGCUGUGUGACCCUAGCCAAGGCACUUCAUAAGCUGGCUUCCUUCAAUUUCUCAUAUAAAAUGAGCUGGAAAAGGAAGAAUGGCAAGAAAAUGCCAAGAAAAUCCCAUGUGUGAUCACAGAGUCAGAUGCAACUGAACAACAUAAAUCAGAUAAUUUGAAAUAAAUCUAAAUGAGUAAAAAUUGAAAAGAGAAUUUUACCCACAUGAUAGAGAAUAGUAAAAAUAAAACUAAGCAAUAGAGUUAUUGACUAAGGGGGCAAGGAGCAAGAGCUAGGAAUCCAGAAUUUUAUCUACAUUAUAGAGAACAGUAAAAAUAGAACCAAGUAAUAGAGUUAUUGACUAAAGGGGUGAGGGGUGAGGUUAUGAGUUUGAGGGACUCCAAAAUAAUCGAAUCUCUGAAAAAGUGAAUUGUAUCAUUCUACUAGAAAUGGAAGAGAACAAAAUGGAAGAGCAUCAAACACCCAAGUGCAGUGGCCAAACACGUGUUCUACAUGUAAUAGAUUGAAAAGAUGGAUGACUCCUCCCAAGUAUCCAAGCAUUUGCAAAUGUGGCCCCCUCUUAUCUUUCAGUUAAUUCUAUUAAUUCUUUCUCUUGAUGUCCAAUGUUCUAGAGGUCUAGGGAUUUUUUUUUAAGAGAAUUUAUUGCUCAUAAAUAUCCUGUCCCUAGCAUAGUCCCUCAUUUCUAUGUACUAAAUAUGUUACUAUAAAUAACUAAAUGUUUAAAAAUUAAGGAUUAGGUGCCAUUAACAAAUGAAAGCUUCUGUCAAGCAAAGACAGAAGCUGUUUUGCCUUUGACAUAUCAUACCUAGUAUCACUUCAAGCCCUCAAUAAAAUAACAGAUCGGUCUUCUUCACUUGGCUGGAAAUUGUUCCAUACUAUCUAGUUCAGCCCAGAUUAUGAGUGCUAUGUCUUAAGAAUUCUCUUCAGAGUUUCAUCUAGUUGCGACUGUUUCAGCCUUUUAGGCAGUUAGCUCAAUAAUUGCUUUUUCUUUGCUCUCUCUUUAAUGAUCAAGGAUUACAGUUUCUCCCCAGCUUGCCAGUUUCUUACAGAUUCUUCUUCGAAUUUUCUUUCAUUUAAGACACUUUCAAUGGGGAAGGCACCUUCUCUCUUUUUCCUCCAAAACUGGAGUUCACUGAUAGGGCACAGACCUCCUCCAUGAUUUCAUGGGGAGAAACACUCCAUAGUAAGACAUUUCUUCAAUUUUUAUUACCCCAAAGGGAUUUUCAUUUCAAAUAUUAAAUGCUUUUUUCAGCAUUUCAUUGGGCGCUCAGUGACUCUGGUUUCAAAUGUUGUUUCUGACACAUAAAGCUUAUAAGAGUUUUGGACAAAUCCCUUCUGUUCUUCAGUUUCCUCCUGUAAGUUGAUGCAUUUUGAAGUCUCAGCUCUAAAUCUUGUGACGUUUGAUGGUUUAGGACUUGGUGACAUUUAAGGAUGUGGCUGUGGACUUCACCCAGGAAGAAUGGUGCCUCUUGGACCAUUCUCAGAAAGAGCUGUACAAGGAGGUUAUGCUGGAGAAUGUCCAGAACCUGCUGUUCCUGGGGCUUCCAGGUGCCAGAGAAGAUUUGAUCUCCUAUUUCCAGGAAGGGGGAACACCAUGGAUUCUGGGGGGGAAAGGCCCAAGGAACUUUUGUCCAGAUUCAGUGGCCAGCUUUGAAGUGAAUGAGAUUCCUGCAAACCUGAGCAUUUCUGUUGGAGAAUCUGGCCAGCAGAGAUUGAUGAGUAUUGGUCCCUGUGACUUCAGUUUUAUAGAAAUCUCUGACUCUGAUAUCAAGAUAGAUAAAAAUCCAAAGAAUCCCUGUGAAUUUGAUGAAGUUGGAAAGAGUUUGACACAAUAUUCGGUCAUAAGUCAAUGUAAGACAUUGACCCCAAGGAAUGACUGUUUUCAGUAUGGUAUAUAUAGAGAAUGCUUUACUGAACAGGUAGAGCUUAUUCAGUCUCAUGAGAAUCUUCCUGAAAUGCAAAUCUAUCAAGGUAGUCAAUGGAAAAAGCCCUUCGGUUUGAAUUCCGACCCAGCUAAACAUCAGAAACGUUAUACUGGCAAAAAGCUUCAUGUAGGUAAUGAAGGAAGAAAGACCUUCAACCAGAACCCUAAGAUCAUCAACCAUCAGAAGAAUCACAUUCGAAAGAAAUCUCAUGACAGUAAUGAGGAAGCCACAACAGCCUUCUCAUCUCUUCCUUACCAUCCUACUUUUCCUCCUGGAAUGAAAACAUUUGCUUGUAAUCAGUGUGGGAAGAGCUUUUAUUGGAACCCAGAUCUUGUUAGACAUCAGAAGAUUCAUACUGAAAAAAAGCCUUAUAAAUGUAAUGAAUGUGGGAAGAGCUUCAGCUACAAAUCCCUCCUUAUUAGCCAUCAGAGAGUUCAUACUGGGGAGAAACCUUAUGUGUGUAAUCAGUGUGGAAAGGCCUUCCACUACCGAGCACUCCUCAUUGGCCAUCUGAGAAUUCACAGUGGAGAGAGACCCUAUAAAUGUAUCCAUUGUGGCAAAGCUUUCCAAAGCAGCUCUCGCCUUUCUUCCCAUCAGAGAAUCCACACUGGAGAGAAACCAUAUGAAUGUAGUCAGUGUGGAAAGGCCUUCACCCAGAGCUCCCAUCUCGGUGCCCAUCAGAGAAUCCACACCGGGGAGAAACCUUACGAAUGUACUCAAUGUAGAAAAGCUUUCCGAUUCCGUUCUGGUCUUGCCUCCCAUCAGAGAAUCCACACUGGAGAGAAACCUUUUAAAUGUAAUCAGUGUGGAAAGGCUUUCCAAAGCAGCUCCCGUCUCGCUUCCCAUCAGAGAAUCCACACUGGAGAGAAGCCUUAUGAAUGUCAUCAGUGUGGGAAGGCUUUCACCCAAAGUUCCCAUCUUGGUACACAUCAGAGAAUCCACAGUGGAGAGAAACCUUAUGAAUGCAAUCAGUGUGGAAAGGCUUUCAGGUUCCGUUCUGGUCUUGCUACACAUCAGAGAAUGCACACAGGAGAGAAACCUUAUAAAUGUAAUCAGUGUGGAAAGGCUUUCCAGUGCAGCUCCAGUCUUGCUAAACAUGUAAGAGUUCACACUGGAGAGAGACCAUAUAAAUGUAAUCAGUGUGGAAAGGCUUUCCGAUGCAGUUCCAGUCUUGCUGCUCAUCAGAGAAUCCACACUAUAGCAAAACCUUAUGAAUGUAAUCAAUGUGGAAAGGGUUUCAAAAAGAGUUCCAAACUUGAUAUCCAUCAGAGAAUCCACACUGGAGAGAAACCUUAUGAAUGCGAUCAAUGUGGAAAAUCUUUUAAAUACAGCUCCCAUCUUGCUGCUCACCAGAGAAUUCACACGGGAGAGAAACCUUUUGAAUGUAGUCAUUGUGGAAAGGCUUUCCAAAGCAGUUCCAGUCUGACUAUACAUCAGAGAAUCCACACGGGCGAGAAACCUUAUGAAUGUAAUCAGUGUGGAAAGGCUUUCCAAUGUAACUCCAAUCUUGCUGCGCAUUUGAGAAUCCACACUGGAGAGAAACCUUAUAAAUGUAAUCAGUGUGGAAAAGCUUUCAGAUAUCGUUCUGGUCUUGCUGUCCAUCAGAGAAUCCACACUAGAGAGAAACCUUAUUAAUGUAAUCAUUCUAAAAAGACUUUUCCUUUGAGCUUCAGUCUUGCUUGUAUUAGAGAGUACACACUGAAGAGAAAUUUUAGGAAUAUAACCAGUGUUGUAAAGCCUUUGGGCAACUAUCAUCCCAUAUUUCCCAUACGUGAAUUUAUAGUCGAUAGAAAUCUUUUCACUGUAAUGAAUGAGGAAAGGCACUGAAAUGAAAUCUAGAGUGUCUUCAAAAGCCUUCUGAGGAGAAGUGCUGUAUGGACUCAGACCGGAGAUCAUCUCUUCCUUUACAUCAGAGGAUUCCUGAUGGAGAGAUGACUCGUGAAUGUUGUCAAGGAAGCAAGCUUUUCUCUGGAAGACCAGAAGACUGCCGAAUAUUCACAGUGAAAUGAAGGUGUCUAAAAACAUUGAUUGUGGAAAGGCGUUUCUUCUCUUAGAGUCGAUAUUUGACUGUACUUUGGGGGAAAAAAUCAUGUUAGAGAUAAAAUUUAUAUAUCUAAUUAAUAAGAGAACAUUUCUUGCUGCAGCACAGACUUUGUCAGACCUCCCAAAAUAAGAGACCUCAUUAAACAUCCCAAAUUUCAUACUGUGAAUAAAGUCCUAUAAAUGUAGUGAAUUUUUCUCUGAAAUCCUGAUGAUUGUCACUACUUCUCAAUAGUUUGUGGCAUUCAUGUACUGUAGCUUUUUCAGCCAUUUCCCAAUUAAUUGGACCUCACUAUGUUUCCUGUUUGAUGAGGACAAAAAGUCCUCAUGUAAACACUUAGCUGACUGUUAGACAUUUAUUUCUAUAAUGUUUUCUUUAAGCUGCUUGGGGGCACAGUAGACAUAGACCUGGGUCUGGAGCCUGUAGACCUGAUUUCAGAUUGGUUCUGACACUUACUAGUUGUGUGAAUCUGGGCAAGUCCCUCAACCUGUUCUUCCCUGACUUUCCCCAUUUGUAGAAUGGCGAUAAGAACAUCUACCUCCUAAAGGUUGAUGGGAAGAUUGAAUAAGAUACUAUUUGUAAAAUGCUUUGCAAGAUAAAUUGCUAUGGAAAUGCUAGCUUUUUAAUGAUUAUUAAUACUUGGGUCACGUCUCAUAGCAGUCAGUUAAACAUGGACCAUUUAGUCACUUCCUUUAAUGCAAAUUGACAUUAAUUUGUGAAAUAUAGCGCACUGAAAGGCAUUAAUUGUGAUAUAUAGCACACUAGGCUUAGAAUCAGAUGCUCCCCGGCUCUAUAACUCUGGGCAAGGAAUGACCUCUCUGUGCCUUACUUUAUUAGUCUCUAAAAUGGGAUUGGUCCCAGCUUCUAUAGCCCCUUCCAACUCUAAAGAUGUGGGUUCUCAUCUCAAGUACAAUGUCUUUCUCACAGCCUCUUUCCAUAUCUCAGGAGGAGGUGCAGGACCAAAUUAGAAAGUGUACAAGAAUGCAAUAAUCAUCCAAAUUAUCCUUUCCUGCUUAGAAAUAAAGAUUUUGAGAAAUUGAUCAGGCGUGUAAUAUCCAAAAGAAGAUGAAUAUAGUAACUUUGUUUGAUUAAAGAUCUUUACUAUUGGGCUAGGACUCACUGACCCCUACAAAAUGCUGGGAACCCUGCAAGUAGUUUGGCAGAAAAUAGAUGUGGAUUUUCCGUAGAACAGAAGGAAAGCUAGAAGCAAUGAGGACUGCUCCAAAAGUAUGUUGAAUUUUCAGAUUACUCAAUUGGCAAAUCAAGCUAUCCAUAUUAGAAAUUUUAAAUGUGGUCUUCCCCUCCCCUUCCCCCUGUUGGAUGGCAUAGAAAAUGUUCAUUUUAUUUCAUGUUUGUGAAUUUUAAAAUUAAAAAGGUCAAAUAUUGAUAGUUUCCUUUUUGUUAUUUUCACCAAUUUUGAAGGCAUGCUGAAAUUAUCUUAAUGUGACCUCUUAUCAGGGCUUUGGAGCAUGUUUUCAUUUGUCAGGACCUUGGCAAACUAACAGGCCUUUCAGCACUCAUCUGUUGGCAAUACUUCUGGGAACACAUGGGGAUAGUUCUUUAGAUGUAAAUGAUUUGACAUGGUUGUUUUUCACGUAAUAUUUGAUACAUUCUGUAUGCUUCAGUUUCUCUUCUAAUUUGAUCUUCAUUGAUUUUAUUCAAAUGUUUUAAUUUUAUAUAGUUAGAAUUAUCUGUUUCUUUAAAAAAAAAAAAUGAUCUCAGACCAAGUUGUAGCCACAGUUGUAAAAACUGUCCAAGUGUAUUCCUUAUGUUUUAAUUUUUGUUUAAUAGGUAAAAAUUUCCUUUCCCCCUUUCACUCACAUUAAAUUGAGAAAAGAAAAAGACCCCAAUACCAUUUUGUAUAAUUAAGGAUAAUAUUUCUGCAUUGUCCAUGUCCAAAAAAAUCUUGCUCAGCUCUUUGUGUUUGUCAUCUUGUAUCUGGUGGUAGGGAGCACAUUUCAUUACUUAUCCUCUGGAAUUGUGAUUUACCGUGAUGUUAAUCAGGAUUCUUUAGUCAGAGUUUUUUUUCCUUAAUAUUUUUGUUAUAUAAAUCACACUGGUUCUGUUCACUGUACUUUAUUAGUUAUCACAAAUCUUCCCAAGUUCCAGUGAAACUAUCCCCUUAAUAUUUUCUUAAAAUAGUUAUAUUCCAUCAAAUUUAUAUACUUUUGCUUGCCUAGCUAUUCAAUUGAUGAGAAUCUUCUCAGUUUCUAAUUCUCAUCUCUGAAAAAAAAAUAAACAUUUUUGAGCCUCAUUUAAAUUGUGAUUAAGAUUAGUUCCUUCUUUAGUUUAUCUUCUCAUUCCCCCUUCCACCUUUUCCUUAUGUUUCCAGCUUAAUGAGACAUAUUUAUGUACCCAGAUCUUUGUCUUUCUGUGAAUAUGGGGGGGUCUUUCCUUUAAUCAGUUUAGAUGAGAUAUUCAAAUGCCACUUGUUUCCUCCAUGUGAUCCUCCUUUUUGAAUAGACUUUUACCCACACAUCUCACUUUGGUGAGAUAACUUCCUCCAACCUUCCUUUCCUCCCCUGUCUACUCUUCCUCUUCCCUUCUCACCUUUAAGAUGAUCAGACUUUAACAGACCUAUUCCUUAAAGUACUCUUAUCACUCCUGAUGAAAAGUUUCAAAGGGGAUAGGUAUAUCAUCUCCCCAUAUUUAUUCAUGUUUAGACUUUAAUGAUUUUUGGUUUGUAGUUUCCUUGUUAUGUUUUGUUUUUUUUUUUUUUUGGAC